AUGGGCGUUCCUCUAGGCUGGUUGAGCGCCUCCCUGUGGCUGCUGCUGCUUUUGCUGUUGUAUGCGGCCCCCUGCUGCCUGGGUCGUCCUUUUGGGCCGCCCACAGUCAAUGUGGCGGUGGUGUUCAGCGGUUCUGCCUACCACAUGGAGAUAAAAGGGCGCCUUAGUCGGGAGAACUUCAUGGACAUGCCUUUGGAGGUGAACCCCAUCACAGUGCUGGUGAACGACACCAAUCCUCGUGCCCUGCUCACCCGCAUCUGCGACACCCUGGCCACCAACCGAGUGCACGGCAUUGUGUUUGAGGACAACAUCGGCUCAGAGGCCAUGGCCCAAAUCCUGGACUUUAUCUCCACACAGACGGCUGUGCCAAUCGUGGGAAUCAGUGGUGGCUCUGCCGUUGUUCUUCCAUACAAGGGCGAUGGCUCCACCUUUCUCCAGAUGGGCUCCUCUAUUGAGCAGCAGGUCAACUGUAUGUUCAAGGUGAUGGAGGAGUAUGACUGGGGCAGCUUUGUGGUGAUCACCAGCCUCUACCCCGGGUACGAGGACUUUGUGGACUACAUCAGGUCCUUCACUGACACGAGCUACUUCAUGUGGGAGCUACAGGACGUGCUGAGCUUCGAGAUGUCAGAGGGGGCCAGCGACAUGCGCACGCGCAGGCUGCUGCAGCAGGUGGAUGCGCAGGUGCUGCUGGUGUACUGCUCCCACGAGGAGGCCCAGUACCUCUUCAGGUCAGCGGCUGAUGUGGGCCUUGUGGGACCCGGCUAUAUCUGGAUUGUCCCCAGCCUGGCGGUGGGGAACCCUGAGCUCCCGCCCCCCGACAGCUUCCCCGUGGGGCUCAUCAGCAUCAUCACAGACCGCUGGAAAAAGAGCCUUCGGCAGAGGGUGCGCGACGGCGUGGCCAUCGUGGUCAAGGGGGUGCAGAACUUCCGCAAGCACCAAGGAUUCAUCCCCGAGGGGCACAGUGACUGCCAAACUACUACCAGACACCUUAACAAUAACACCAUCUUCAGCUACAUGUUGAAUGUGACAUGGGAACACAAGGACUUCUCCUUCAACAGUGACGGGUACCUGACCAAUCCCUCCAUGGUGAUCAUUACUCUGGACCGCGAACGACUGUGGGACAAGGUGGGGAACUACGAGAUGGGGAUACUGCAGAUGCGAUAUCCGGUGUGGCCGCGGUACGGCAGUUUCCUGGAGCCGGUGUCUGAUAACCGGCACUUGACUGUGGCUACCCUCGAGGAGCGGCCGUUUGUCAUUGUGGAGAGCGUGGACCCCACCACUGGAACCUGCGUCCGCAACACCGUGCCCUGCCGCCGUCAGUCCAACCGCACAGAAGUCAUUGUGGGUCACUCAGAGCCCUAUACCAAACUCUGCUGCAAAGGUUUCUGCAUAGACAUCUUGAAAAAGCUCUCUCGCACCAUCAAGUUCUCCUAUGACCUGUACCUGGUGACCAAUGGCAAGCAUGGGAAAUUGGUCCGCGGCACCUGGAAUGGGAUGAUUGGAGAGGUGGUGUACAAGCGGGCAGACAUGGCCAUCGGGUCCCUCACCAUUAACGAGGAGCGGUCGGAGAUCAUCGAUUUCUCCGUGCCCUUUGUGGAGACCGGAAUCAGCGUGAUGGUGGCCAGGAGCAAUGGAACUGUAUCCCCCUCUGCCUUUCUCGAGCCGUACAGUCCAGCGGUGUGGGUUAUGAUGUUUGUGAUGUGCCUUACUGUGGUGGCCAUCACUGUUUUCGUCUUUGAAUAUUUCAGUCCCGUGGGAUAUAACCGCAGCCUGGUCAGUGCUAAAGUUCCUGGUGGGCCUACCUUUACCAUUGGAAAGUCUGUGUGGCUACUGUGGGGCAUCGUCUUCAACAACUCUGUUCCCAUAGAAAACCCAAAAGGGACCACCAGUAAGAUCAUGGUCCUAGUGUGGGCUUUUUUUGCAGUCAUCUUCUUGGCCAGCUACACUGCUAACCUGGCCGCCUUCAUGAUCCAGGAGCAGUACAUCGACACAGUCUCUGGACUCAGUGACAAAAAGUUUCAGAAACCACAAGAGCAUUACCCACCCUUCCGAUUCGGCACAGUUCCCAAUGGGAGCACUGAGAGGAACAUUCGUAGCAACUAUCCAGAUAUGCACACCCACAUGAUGAAAUACAACCAGAGAGGAGUGGAGGAUGCCCUUAACAGUCUUAAAACAGGGAAGCUGGACGCUUUCAUAUAUGAUGCAGCAGUGCUCAAUUACAUGGCUGGCAAAGACGAAGGCUGCAAGCUGGUGACCAUUGGCAGUGGGAAGGUGUUUGCUACCACAGGCUACGGAAUUGCCUUGCAAAAAGACUCCCGCUGGAAGCGCCCCAUAGACCUGGCCCUGCUCCAGUUCCUAGGGGACGGGGACACACAGAGGCUGCAGACAGUGUGGCUCUCAGGCAUCUGCCAGAAUGAGAAAAACGAGGUGAUGAGCUCCAAGCUGGACAUCGACAACAUGGCAGGAGUCUUCUACAUGCUGCUGGUGGCCAUGGGUCUCAGUCUCCUGGUGUUCGCCUGGGAGCACCUGCUCUACUGGAAGCUGCGACACUCUGUGCGCAAAUCAGAACGCCUGGACUUCCUGCUCGCCAUCAGCAGGGGAAUAUAUAGUUGCUUCAAUGGCGUGGAGGAUCCAGAUAGGUCUUUAAAUAUCCAAAACCCAGACAUCACUACCAACUAUGCCCAGGCCAAUAUGCUGAAGAUGCUACAGACUGCCAAGGACAUAGUGUCCUCAGCCAAAGUGGAGAACUCUCUAGACAAUGCCACCAAGACCAUCGAGAACUGGAGUCGUCACGGAGAAGCUAAAGUUGGCCUUCAAAACCGCGUGCCACAAGUGGCCACCUCCGACAUUGUCCCUGGUCACCUCCCAUAUAUCUCCAGCAUAACUGAAAACCACUCUCCCUUCCCACAGCGUGCCCUGACCCCUACCCAGCCGCUCCUGGAGAAGCAGAGAGUGCUGGCACGGCCUACCCCGCUCCGCUACACGCUGCCCGCUCGGGGCAGCCGCCUCUAUGACAGGACGCUGCCCAUCUCCAGCCUCAGCAGCCCCCAUCUGGCCAUGAGGGACUCGCUUCCCACGAUCAACACUCCCCACCACAGCAGCAGGCUGUUUGUGGACAGCCACACCCGGCACCCCAGCUCCUCUUUUGUCCCCUACAGAGAUCUUCAGGUGCCGGAUAUCUACAUGGAGCAUGCGGAGCCCCCGUGCCGCAAGAUCCCCCCCGACGGCCUGAGGAGGAAGAAGAGGUCCCACAGCUACCUGGAGGAGUCUGUGGACCUGCGGAGAAGGCACGACUAUGAAGAGCCAGCAGCCUGCCUCACAGAGCUGCGAGCCAAUCACCUCAUGGACAACCAUUCCCCCACCGCUGUGGCCUGCAUCAACAGCCCUUACUCAAGAGCCAAUGCCAGCUGCAACUCCUGCUUCAAACCUUACCUGGAGCCAGAGCUGGACGACGUGCCUCUGCUGGGUAAGGAGAAGCUAAACCGCAGGGCCUCCUUCCUCAAGGCUACCUGGGGCACCGACAAGAUCCGCCAGCUGGAUGACAAACCCUCCACCUCGGCGUCCACCCAUAUAGACAUGCCGGACUUGUUCCCCCGCGUUGUGGCCACCAGACCCUCAAAGCUGUACAGCAGUACGGGGAAAAACAACCUGUGCUACCCAGUGGCAGUGGAGCAUGCUUACCUUAAUCCAGGCCGUAGCCAUCCAUACAAAGGGCAGAAGUUGAAGUACUCACAGUCUACUCGGCUGCCAUCCUAUCGGGAGGCGGUCCUCCAUAAUGCUGCUGCCCUGCGGAGGUCCUCCACUAUGGUUCACAGACAGUGCUCCUCCUACCUAAAUUCCUACACUGACCUGCCAGUGUAUAUGGGGCCGCUGGCCCAGGGGACCGCCCAGUUAUAUGAACACACUAAGGACAUGUGCAACAUAUUCCCCUGUGUAAGCCACUGCCCCGGAGUGCCCAGGCAGCUGGUUUACCCGGACAGUGUGUACGGGGGGUAUGGGGAUGCCGGCCAGGUGUAUGAGGCGCCGGGGGCGAGUGGGAGAGACAGGAGGCAGGUUGUGGUUGCCCGCAGACUCAACAGUCCCUAUGUGCCAAAGCCUUGGGGCCGGGUGUCCAGUCUGGAGUCAGAGGUUUGAGCCUCGUUAGGUUCAACUCCAGGCUUUAAUGUAUUUACUGGGCUGUCUUAAGAGCUCAAUCAAACUGAACCUCAGCGUUUGUCCCAAGCAAAUAAACAACAAUAUAACAAACUUCAAACUGGAGACUGGGAAUUGUUUACGUUGUGCAAUAAGGUCUUGGCUGGAGGAAAACAGGAGCAGAGAAAGACAUCCAGUCUCAGCUGGAACAAGUAAACUUAUAUUUAUUAGAAAAGAAAACUGUGUUGAAUAGUUCUUAAUUCUGUAUCUUCCAAUUCGAUGCGUUGAUUGUUAUUUAUUCUUCAACAUGGCGUCUUGCUGUUCAGCGCCUUCUUAGAUAAAAUUAAUGAGCUAUGAAUGGCAGCACAGCUUCACUGAGGGCUUUUGAACAAAAAAAAUAUUUUUCUUUUCAUUUAUCAAGACCAAUUUAGUAUUCUUCCACUUAAUCUGAAAUGACAACUGAAUUUUGUAAUUACUGUACUGACAUAUCUUCUAAGAGUUUUGUAAGCGUAAUAUGGGAGCAUUGUUUAUUGAGACUUUUGCUCAAGUGGUUGCUCUGUCUGCUCAACUUGGAUUU